AUGUUGGACAUCUGUGAAGCUAAACUGGAUCAGAUUUUGGAGUCAACAGACGGCAACGCGAGACCCAGGGACUGCAACGAAGUUCAAAACCCCGGAUACACAAGAACUGGCGUUUAUACUAUCUACCCAAAACCUGGUGUUAUAGGCUUUAAAGUUAGGUAUGACAUGGAAACAACGACCGGUGGAUGGACCAUCAUACAAUUCAGACUGUCGGCGAGUAAUGUCUUCAGAACUUGGGAUGAAUACAAAUCUGGCUUCGGGGAUGUGAACGAAAAUUACUGGCUCGGAAACCAAGCAAUACACAUGAUUACUUCUCAAGGCAAAUACAAACUACGUGUGGACUUGACCAGUAUUGAAAAUGAGACGGCAUAUGCAGAGUAA